CUUUGGUCGAAGGGCAGCCUCGCAGCGGCAGCCCAGCAGCGGCCUGUGGUCGUGCACGCCGCCGGAUCCGGCGCACGCCUCGUCGCAUCGCUGCCGGUGCGUCCCGCAUCAGUCAUUGACGAGCGCCGGGCAGCCGCAUCCGUGCGCGCGAGUCACCUACAAACCUUGCGCUGCGCGGGCGGCCACCAACGUACGGAAACGAUCCGCAGCGCCCAUCCGCGCAGAGAUUUGCGCUGCAAGACCGCCAUGGGGAGCCCACGCAGCCCCUCAAUGGACGACAUGUUCGAGAAGUACUCGACGGUGCAAUUCGCGGACGACGGCGCCGCCGCCUCCGAGCCUAGCGAAGAGGAUUCGGUGGAGCGCGUGCGACGCAUGGCCCUGGACGUCGCGGAGGGCGCCGACGACGCCAGCGAACCACCGGAGGAGGCCGACGGCGAGAAGAUCGAGCGCAUCCGGCCGCCGACGCCGACGGCCUCGCAACGAGCGCGCGCGGCGUUAAUUCGCUCUUGCGUGCACCCCAAGCCGCCGAAGGAGUGCACGGACACGUGUCACUCCUUCCACCACGGCGCCACGGAAGGGUCGGGAACGUUUGGGAGUGGAGCGAACGUGUUUACCGAUAAAGGUACGAGGAGAUUAGCUGCUGUUUUGAACGAUCGGUUGACGUCCGAUAGUGAUCGGAAAGCGGCUUGUACCCUCAUACAUACUUCUUGUUAUGACGAGGCCAACGCUAAACUCGUCGUGGAUAUUGAUAUCGUGCCCCAGAUCAUCAAGAUCGCGAAGCACGAUGGGUUCGAGUCGAAGGCCGAGGCUUGUUGUGCUUUAGCGGUGAUAGCGAUUCAUUUCCCGGAGCACAUCGUCGAGGCCAUUCCUACCCUCUCAAAUUUGUUGGAGGCGCCGGCCGUCGUUUCUGGGAGCGCGGCCUGGGCUUUAUCUACCUUGGCCGCGGAUGACGACCACCGGCCUUCAGUAUAUAAGGCAAAACUCAUCCCGAAGCUCAUUAAGUUGAUCAAGGACGGCUCUACCGAUGAUUGUAGGGGGCACGCGGCGGCCUGCCUCUGGAACCUGGCCUGUGACGACGACAUCCGCCCUCAGUGCAUGGACGCCAUCGAUCCCUUGGUCGCGAUGGCCCACGAGUGCCACAGCGUCGACGCGCGGCGGCGGGCCGCCGUAUGUCUAGAUUGUUUGAUGGCCUACGAGUCGUUCGAGCGGGACUGGCACCUCGAGAAGCUCAACCAGCCCGUCAUCGACCGCGUGAAACUCGCGGUGACGAACGAGAACGAGAAGCUGAUCCAGCAGAUGAUUUCGGACUGCGACGCCGCGGACCGGCGCUACGAGGAGGACUUGAGGCUCGAUCGCAUCGCGAGCGGCAAUCCGUUGCCGGGCGACCUGCCCGAGCCCGAGGAGGCGCCGGUCGAGGCCCCGGCGCCGGCGCCGUCGCCGUCGCCCGACUCCUUCCAGGACGCCUUCGACGUGGCGAUCCGGCCGUACGAGCCCGACGCCGAGGACCUGACGGAGGAGGCACGCGCGUGGAAGGACUGGGAGGAGCGGUCCGCGGCGCGCUACGAGGCUGGCCCGGAGCCCGAGCCCGAGGACCCGUUUCCCGAUAGAAGGACGACGUCGACGGCGGCGGCGCUCGCGAGUGCGGUGCGGGACGCGCCGCCGCCGCCGCCCGUGCCGCGCGCGUCACAGAACUUCCGCACAAAAGGUGCGAGGGAGUGGCUCGCGCGGACGGGCUUCGGGACUUACGAAGCAGAUCCUCCUCCCAAGGACGAGGCGCCCGCGCCCGCGCCGGCGCCU